AUACAAAUCUCUGGAACAGUAGAAUCCAGGAGAUGAGUAGUGUGAUAGGGAUAGGGAGUGGCAGUGGUUGCAGUGGCUUCUCCUCAGUGCUUUCAUACCCACCUGAAAAUGAAGUGUUGUUUGGCAAGAAGAAAUCUAAUAAAUGCAAUUUCUUGAUCCCCAACUCCAAUAGCCACUUCAAGAUGGGUAGAAUUUCUUGUAAGCUGUCCCAAAGUGGGAUUGAAGACAACCUCGGAAACAGUGAAAUCUCUGUCAGUUCCAAGAACAGGAUGGAAGAGUACAACAGGGCCAUGAAGAGGAUGAUGAGGAACCCAUAUGAAUAUCACCAUGAUCUGGGCAUGAACUACACACUGAUAACUGAUAACUUGAUUGUGGGUUCGCAACCUCAGAAGCCUCAAGAUAUAGAUCAUCUGAAACAGGAAGAGAAUGUGGCUUACGUUCUGAACUUGCAGCAGGACAAGGAUGUUGAGUACUGGGGAAUUGACUUGCAGUCCAUAAUAAAAACAUGUCAGGAACUUGGAAUCCGCCAUAUGAGAAGGCCUGCAAGAGAUUUUGAUCCUGAUUCAUUGAGAAGGGAAUUACCUAAAGCUGUAUCAUCAUUGGAAUGGGCCAUUUCUGAGGGAAAAGGAAAAGUAUAUGUGCACUGCACAGCUGGACUGGGAAGGGCCCCUGCAGUUGGCAUUGCUUACAUGUUCUGGUUCUGUGGCAUGAAUCUGAAUACAGCAUAUGAUGCACUAACAUCAAAGAGACCUUGUGGACCCAAUAAAAGGGCAAUACGUGGGGCUACCUAUGAUCUGGCUAAGAAUGAUCCAUGGAAGGAGCCCUUUGAGAGUCUUCCAGAACAUGCCUUUGAGGACGUAGCAGACUGGGAGAGGAAGUUGAUACAAGAUCGUGUCCGUUCCUUCCGUGGAACCUGAUCAUCUAGGUUGCAAUGUCAGCAGAAGUUGCAGACAUGAGAAAGAGGACAGCUUGGGUGUAAUACCACAACUGUCGGAAAGCUCCUGUAUCUGGGCCUUUUGAAUGAGUUUCCUAUGGAAAGGAUUUGCGGAGGUUGCGUUUUUGGUGGCUUGGAGAAAAUUAUGAAUCUUCACUACAAAUUAUUCAUUUCUACAGAGAUACUCCGAUAAUUUGGGAAGACGCUAUCAAUCUUUACAACAAUGGCUACAUGCCUUUUCCUGUAGCUGAUACACAUUGGGAGGUUCUUACCAAAUAGUAAAUAAAGAAAGAAAAGGUUG